AUGGCAGAAGUUGAAAGCUUCCCCAAAUAUCCCGAACCUCUUUCCGAUCUGGAGCCAGGAGAGAUUACAUUUACAACCCCUGAUGUGAGCUCGGUGCCGAAGAUGUGCGUUCUGAAGGACGUUAAAAGAAUGGGCGCCAAUUCGAAACUUCGGAAGGCCAUGCGAUGGCUACAAGCAGACGGUGAACUAAUGCUGAGGGCGCCUUCUCACGCACCGUCGUGUUUCUCGACGCCAACUGCUUCCUCAUCACCCCCCUUAGUAUCUCUCCCGUCGAUGACAUUCAUGUUGGCACCUACUGCUGCUCUUCGGAGCCCCCGUCGAACACUUCUACAGCAAACCAUUCCAGUGCGCCGAGUAUCGUCUUAUCGUGAACGGUAUGGAUAUCUCAAUCUUACCCGCUACGGGCUUGAGGCGAAAUACUACAAGGCGAAGAUAACCUUCAGUGGCGCGGACCCGACAGCGAGGUGGUCGCACAGACCCACCACACUGCGGCACCGAAUGAGGCUAGCGGGGAUGCAAAACCUGAGUCUUCAGCUAUUCGAAGUGAAUGCUGCUAAUGUUGGCGACUACCAGUGCUGCUGCUUGAGGCCCAACCUCACCAAAGGCGUUGCCAACUGGCCAGGCGUCGAGGGACAGAACCAGCAGUCGGCAAGGCAAGAGGUGCCCUUGCCGUAUGAGACAGAAGUCGGCAUGAAGGAAGAGCUUAUGGAGGGUCCGGUGUGUCAGGGAGCCGUGAGACAACUGAAUUCGGACCUCACCCUACUUAACGGCAAUUAUCCUCGUCUACUGCUGAGACGAUUCAACUGGAGCGUGAUCCAUGGUAAGAAGGCAUUGGAGCUGUUGCGGUGGCCCGAAAAAACGAGUCUUUUGCGCAACGAUUCUUGA